GUUAUACUCGUAUUUAUAAGAAACUUUUGAUGAAACUAAGUAGACUAGCUUGUUCCUUUAAUGUUGUUUGUUUGAAAAAUAUAAUAAAAAGAGUCAGUUUGUUGACAGAAGCUUUACAAUUCAGGUGUGGGGUUCCCAAAAAAAAAAAAAAAUAAAUAAAAAAAAGAAGACUCAAAAAAAAAAAAAAAAUUUUUUUUAAAUAUGGAUUCACGCCCUACUCGAGAAAGAAUUCUUUCAGCUUUGAAAGCUUCAAAUGUGGAAUUUCCAGAAACAGCGUCAAUUGCACAAUUGAGAACAUUAUAUGAUUCUUUGCAAGUUAACGGUGGUCCAUCAAAGCAGACUGAAUUGCCUUCUGGAAAUGUGGUUUCUUCUGAUUCUGCUGGGAAUUCAUCUGUAACUGUCACUACAAUGUCAUCCAAUACUUUGAAUGAAACUCCCGUUAUUAAUUCCGCAACUGCCGAUCCUGAAAAUUUGCUUCAGUCAUUUCAAUGUAAUGCGAAAUUGGCGUAUCCUGUGCAAAUCUUCGGGUUAAGGCAUUGAAUUCUACACAGCGAUCUCAGAACUACAACGAAUUAUACUUUUCCAAACAUCAUGAACCGGCAAAACGUUACGAUGAGGGUGAUUAUGUUGUUAUUAUGAAUAUUGACAAUACAGUUGGGAAGAAUAAGAAAUUUUGUGAAAAAUAUCGUGGUCCCUCCAUUAUUGAAAAAGUAUUAGAUAAUGAUCGCUACGUUGUGAGAGAUGUUGACAAUUGUCAACUGACACAGAUCCCAUAUAAGGGUAUAAUUGAAGCAAAGCGACUUCGGAAAUGGUUGACACCUAGGUUAUAGAUUUAUGUUAUUGGUCACACUUAUAUAAUAUACACAAUUUUUAUAUCAUGAUUGUGGGCAAUCAUAUUGUCAGGUUGGCCGAACUGUAAUAUGAUAACUUGUUAUACUCGUAUUUAUAAGAAACUUUUGAUGAAACUAA